CAGAACUCGGGCAGUGGUUCGAGGAAACAACCAGCGGCUGGUACUCAGUGGGGUCGCUGCACGUUGAGGGGGCCGCGCAAAUUCGUGGAGCAGCUUCGAUUAUCAAGGUCGAGAACGAUCCAAAGCAGAUCGACUCGGACAAACCACCCAUCAAAUGGUGUACAACUUGGAGAACGGGAGAGGUGAAUCAGCAUCUAAGAGAUGCCGCACGCGGCGUUGCAGCGGAAUCUAGAGGAGCUCCAAGCGCUACAGCGCGAGCUCACAUGGAGCGAUCGGCCUUCACUACCAGCUCGGGGCCACCAAACCCGCCGAAAUGGGCGCGUGCUGCGCGAGUGCACCGCUGCGCAGACGAGCAUGGCGGCUACCAUUUGUUUGUUUGCAGAGUUCAAGAACUCUCCUCGGGUCUCAGGUGAAAGCCUUAAGCAAAGGCAAGUUGAUGAAGAGGAGUCUUCAAACCCUGCCUUCGGGCGCUCCAGCGCCAGGGGCACUGGGAGCGGUCUUGGGCAGCUUGGCUGACUGGCGACAGGAACCGGGAGAGACUCUCCACCGCAGGCUGAUGUGGCCAUGCAGGCGCUCAUGAAGGCCAGCAACGAUCUUCGGAUGGUCAAGCAGGCCAGUACAUGUCCUGGAGCGGUCCUCGGGGCAAGCUUCGGUGCUGCAAGCGGAGGUCGUGCUUGUGAUUCGCGGGCUUCGCGACCCGCAGGAUUCUUGUGACAAAAAGACGAAGACAGAUUCAGGGGUUGCCAGUUGCUCUAUUAGCUUUCAAUGGCCGUGGGUUUGAGCCGCAGGAACCUGGUUGGCUCCCUAAAUCAAGAAAAGGGUCCACCCGCGAUGGCAACCCACGACAUGUUUGGAUGUGUUUGGUGUUGAGGGUUUUGACAUUGGUUUCACAUGUUUGACUCACAACUCACAGCCCCGUCGUCCGGGAAGUGGGCACAGCAUAUCUAGUACGUCGGGCGGUCCAGUGCUGAUGCAGGGGAAGCUUCCCAUCAGCAAUUACAAAGGGAUGAUAUGGGAUGAUGAUCGUUUGAAGAAGAAUUGCACACAAACAACCGAGGUCCUUUCAAAGGC